AUGGCCGUCACCCGCACCUUGCCGGACCAGGUGCUCAAGGCCUUAGUUGGGAGGAUGAAGGAAAGACUCGCCGAGUGCCCGGCCAGCGACUUCACAGCUCACAACACGUAUUCCAUGAUCUACUCGAUCGCGAUGUUGCAGGAGACUUGCGCCCACGAGGAUGCACGUGCGCUCCUGCCGAAGCUCCUAGAAGCGUUGGAGCUCACCGCGCAGCACAUGACAGUCUCGGGACCGACUAUGGUUUACGUUGACCUAUCGCAGCCUACUUGGAUCUUUUCGGAAGAACUUGGAGAGAAGAUUGCUUUGGAGAAGAUUGCUUUAGGAUGGCUGGCUGCCCUUCUGCUCUUUGACAUGGCUAUUGCAGGGUUCAUGACAACAAUACUGGUGAGGUGA